AGCAUGUAAAUUUUACAAUAUUCUGUAGUUGCAACAUCUUGAUUUGACUGCCUCCGUUGCAUUUAGUAACAUUUCAACAACGUAAUUUUGGCAUUGUCGCGUUGUUAAACUGGGAGAGUGUGUUGUUGUUGUUGUUUGUUUACGUUUUCGUUGAAGUCAUCAGCCGGGAAAAAUGUCUUUAGCCAAGGAAAAGCCUAAGAAAAGAGGAGCUGAUGAUGAAAAGCCAGUAAUCGUUAAGAAUACAGCUGAUCUUCAGAGAUUAAAAAUUGAAAAGCUGAUGAAAAAUCCCGACAAGCCAGUUGUCAUCCCAGAAAGACCAAAGGAAAGGAAUACACCUCAUGUGCCUGAGUUUGUUCGCAACGUUAUGGGCUCCAGUGCAGGUGCUGGAAGUGGAGAGUUCCAUGUUUAUCGUCAUCUUCGGAGAAAAGAAUAUGCCCGUCAGAAAUUUAUUCAAGAGAAAGCGGAAAAGGACACUCUUCAAGAUGAAUACCACAGAAAGAUUGAAGAAAACAAGAAGAAAGCAGAGGAGGAGACAGCUAAGAAACGCUUAAAACGUUUAAAGAAAAAGAAGAACAAGAAAUUCAAAAGAGCAAAAACUGAUGUGAAAUCUGAAAGUGAAUCUGAAGAAGAGGAUGAGGACAAUGACGUUGAAGCUCCUAAAGAUAACAGGGAAGAAACUUCCUCUAAAGAUAAUUCAUCGGAUUUAAAACUGAAUGAUAAACUUAGUGAUUAUGUUGAAAGGUUAGAAGACAGUGUGACCAAUACUGGUUCCAAAGAGGAAGGUGCAGGGUCUUAAUAUGUUUGAUUAUGCACUCUGAAAAUUUGACCAUACCACUGCUGGUGGAAAAAAACAUUAUGAACUUUAGGGACAAGGAGCCUGAAAUUAUCAUAAAAACAAGUUGAUAUUAAUCACAAAAAUUUAUUGUCACUCAAAAAAAUAAAUAUAUUCUGAAAUGAAAAGUAUUCAAUACAGGAUGACGUGUUCUGUUCAUAUCCUGUGAAAUUGGUAGAAAUAAAUAUCACAGCAAGAGAACCAUAUGGAAAAAUUAUCUUCCUUUGGUAAAAAUUGUUACAUCUCGCAAACUGUCAAGUAAAAUAAAUUCAUACAAUGAUUACUUUGUUAAA